AUGGAUUUCACAAAGAUGUCAGUCAGUCCCGACGCAAACAAUGCGAUUCCGGCAGUUGACAAUGACGAUUUUAAAGGGGAAACAUUUCCAAACAAUGAAUUCGUCGAGAGCAACAACGAAGGUCCCGUUGUCCUUAUGUCCAAACCUAGAUUAAUUACAUUGUUUAUCGGACCAGCUAUUGCCGCAGAUCUUGCGGCUAUCGAUAAAAUUUUAUGGGUUGCAAUUGUUGAUUUACUCACGGCAGUGCGUAGACUCGAAUCACAAUCUCCAUGCGCAUCAAUAGCAAUCACCAUAAUUAAUCCCGCCUGUUCUAUUUAUAGGCUUCCUUUCAACCAAUCAGACAUCAUAAGUGUCAAGGAACGUGGAAGAUAUGUGGGAGUAGUUGGUAGUGUAUUCUCCGUCGGCUCCAUAAUAGGACCACUUUUAGGUGGCGCAUUCUCAGACAAUCCUAAUCUUACUUGGAGAUGGGUAUUCUAUAUCAAUCUGCCAUUAGGAGCCAUACCGGUUCUGUUCAUAACAUUCCUACUUUCGGUUCCUACCCCUCCGGGAACCUUAAGAGAAAAACUUGCGCGCAUAGAUUGGUGGGGAACGCUGACGGUAUCAGGUUCCACUCUCGCAAUUCUAUUGGCGUUGCAAUGGGGUGGAAGUAGUUACUCUUGGGAUUCUGCACUUGUCAUAACUUUGUUUGUCGUCGGUGGACUUGGAUACAUCCUGUUCGCAUAUAUUGAAGGGUUCGUUGCUGCCGAGCCAAUUGUCCCUGUUGGAUCUGUUAUUGGAUUAUCGGCGUUUUCAGCAAUCAUCAACAACGCGCUUAUCCAGAAAGUGGUGGGAAUAUUAAAGAAUCAAUACAAAAUCGAUGUAUCCUUUGGCGACAUCCAUCAAAACCUAACCGCGAUAUUCUCUUUCGGGGAACCUCUCAGAAGCGAAUUGCUAGGCGUAAUUCUUGACAGCUUACACAAGAUAUUCUUGAUUGGCCUGAUUGCUAGCGUGAUGUUGUUCGUUAGCGCUUUGUUCAUGAGAAAUCGGGUUAAAACGGAGAAGGGUGAAGGGAGGUGA